UUAGAUAAAUAGCCAAUGAGACAUGCGAUCUCUCUUGAAAUGAACUUAAGAUAAUCUUAAAUAAUACAAGAAAACCGACUAUGAAUACCGGCCUUAAGAAAGAAAAGGAGAUAAGGUGAUAACAGUGGUGGGACAGAAAGAAUGUAUGUAUACACACAGCUAACAAAGCUGUAGAAAAACAGACGUUUUAUUUAUCUAACCGGUUAUAUACUUUUUGGAAGUAUGUAUUAAAUAGCGACAAUAAAUAGACAAGUGUGUGUUAUUAAUAUGGAAAAUCAAAACGAUAAAGUUGAGGAACAACGAGAAAUUGUGACAUUAAUUUUGAAAACAAAGGAAUUUAAAAUUGACAAGCAAAAACUGAUUGACAAGAGUCGAUAUUUUGCCGCGCUUUUAUCAGCAAGUUAUAUAGAAUUUGGUCGGCAAGAACAUGUUAUCAACUAUGAGAUUCCAUUGUUUUCAUUCGAGGAAUUUAUCUAUUGGAUUUCCGACAAUAGAGUGCCUAUUUUUGAGACUGAUAAGACUGAUGAUACACUUGAACAUCUUUUAACCUUAUUGGAAUUAAGUGUUCUAUUUGCAGUGGAUGAUUUGAUACAAGAUGUAACAGAUGUAUUGGAAACAGAUUACUUGCUACCCAAACAUGUGAUUGAUGUAUGGUUGGUAGCACAAGAAUUGUGUAUCAAUGUAUUGAGAGAUGUUUGUUUAGCUGUUUGCUUGGAUCGUUUCACUGAAUUGCCAAUUAGUUCCAUCUGUCAAUUGUCAAAAAAAAAUUUUCUAAAGUUAGUCGGAAAUGUCAAUGUAAGAACUACAGAGUCUUAUUUGUUUGAUGUUACACAUCAAUGGAUGAGAUAUCAUGAAGAUACAGUUCAAAAAGACCUUUUAAACAAUAAGCAACCAAGAAUUUUGAACAGUAUUAUAUCCUGCGAGAACCUUGACGUUAUUAAUAGUACAAUUUAUCUUCACUGCUGGGAUGGUAACAAUUUCUACGAACUUACCACAUUUAAGUAUCCUAGAGAAAUUACCAAUCGUAGUGAUAAUAAAGAUAAUAGACUAACAGGAAUGCAGAUUGCUGCGAGAGGAUACCAUUUGUAUCUUAGUGGCGGAGAAUUUGGCAUUGGAUCAGGAAAGUUUAAUAUUAAGAUGUGGCGUUAUUCUCUGAUAUCCAAGAGAUGGCUCUUUCAGACAAAUUUGCCAAAUGGGAGAAGGCACAUGGUCGCCACUUUCAUAAAAAAUAAAUUGUUCCUCGUUGGCGGUGUGGGACGAUAUCGACGAAAAUUGAAGAGUGUUGAUAUCUAUAAUAUACAUACAGAUAUCUGGACUAAAGGUGAGGAGAUACCUAUGGACUUUACCAAUGUUCCUGAAUAUUAUGUUUUUAAUGGUAAACUAGCCAUAUACACUAACGUAUCACAAAUUUGUUUAUAUCAUCCUGAUACGGACUCGUGGCAAACGAUACAGGCCCACGUCCCAAUGAUAGGAAAACUUCUGAACUCUGCAAGGUGGACUACGCCAAUAUUGGUGCUUAAAACAGCAUCGUGUUAUAUUGACAUAAAUCGAUCAGGCGACAUGGUCUUGAGAAGUAUUACAGAAACGUAUGAUAUAGAGCAAUGCAAUGGUGAGAGGUGUACAAAAAUUAAGUGUGCCGAUUGUAUGUGGUACGUGGAAGGUUUUGAACCUUUCAUGAAGUUACUUUUCACAGCAUUAACGUUUGACAAUCCGCAAAGUAAAGACUCGCCAAAAGAUAUUCUGGUGAUGUGUUUGAAAUUUGACUCUCAGCCCGACAACUUGCACGUACAUAGCACGCUCAUACAAGAUCCGAAUAAGUUUCGUUCUCUUCUUUAUUCUCAUUCGCCCACGAGAUUUUUUAACAUCAUCGAUCCUGCCGAUUUACACACUUAGUCGACAAGUUUGGACUAUUUUUAAUUAAUAAGAUCUAAUAUAUUAGUAAAACAAUGUAAAUAACUGUAUGUAACAAUAGAGGAAGAGAGAAAGAGAGAGAAGGAUGAGGAAAAAAGAUAUGCCAAGAAAAUGCGUUUGGGAAACCCGUUGUCACUGCUAAACAAUUGUUCUAUUUUACAUCUAAAGCGAUAAAAAUAAAAUGGCAUUUCUAAUAUUGAUAACGUGUUUCUCCAAGCAUCGUUUACAUGGGCGUUAAUGUCUUGUACGUCAAGUUGCGCUUCUCUCUGUUGAGAUAUUAUUGAGGCAUUAUUGGUGCAACUUUAUGUUGUAAAAGAAUUAACGUCCCUGUCUGUACUUCAAGAUUUGUGUGUUUUUUUAUUGCCAUGCAAAUAUAUGUAAAUUAGUAUCUCUAGUGUAUGUAAAUUAUA